AGGGGCGGAGUUUCCAGGCUUUCGCGCACGCACCUCGUCUGGUCGCGUCGAGUGUGCGUGCGUGCGUGCGUGUUUGCGUGUGGUCACAGUUCCCGCCAUCAGCCGCUCUCCCUGACUGGGGGAGUGAGCGGCCCCUCUCUUUCGUGUUUGGUGUCCCUUCCUUCCUUACCCCCAGCUCCUCCCCCUCCGCUUGGACUCCGUGCUUCCGGCAGGCCUGUCCGGCGCUCCGGACUCGCGGGCACAGCUAUUUGUUGUACAGCACCUAGAGGCCUAGGACCAGGGGUUCCCAAGCUAUAUCCUACCUUCAGAAUCUAUCAGGUGAAGGUGUAUUUUUGCUUUUUAAUUUGGCCAGAAGCAACUUAUUUUUAAAGAAAGUAUGUCUCCUCUGAAGAUACAAGGUCCUAUCAGAAUUCGAAGUAUGCAGACUGGGAUUACAAAGUGGAAAGAAGGAUCCUUUGAAAUUGUGGAAAAAGAGAAUAAAGUCAGCCUAGUAGUUCAUUACAAUACUGGAGGAAUUCCAAGGAUAUUUCAGCUAAGUCAUAACAUUAAAAAUGUGGUGCUUCGACCCAGUGGAGCAAAACAAAGCCGCCUAAUGUUAACUCUACAAGAUAACAGCUUCUUGUCUAUUGAUAAAGUACCGAGUAAGGAUGCAGAGGAAAUGAGGUUGUUUCUAGAUGCGGUCCAUCAAAACAGACUUAAUGCAGCCAUGAAACCUUCUCAGGGUUCUGGUAGUUUUGGAGCUAUUCUGGGUAGCAGGACCUCACAGAAGGAAACCCACAGGCAACUUUCUUACUCAGACAAUCAGGUCUCUUCAAAAAGAGGAAGUUUGGAAACUAAAGAUGAUAUUCCAUUUCGAAAAGUUCUUGGUAAUCCAGGUAGAGCAUCAAUUAAAACUGCAGCAGGAAGUGGAAUAACUGCUACCCGGACAAUUCCCUCUUUGACAUCUACGUCAACACCUCUUAGAUCAGGGUUAUUAGAAAAUAGGACUGAAAAGAGGAAAAGAAUGCUAUCAUCUGGCUCAGAGUUGAAUGAAGAUUAUCCUAAGGAAAAUGAUUCAUCAUCGAACAACAAGGCUAUGACAGAUCCCUCAAGAAAAUAUUUAACCAGCAGUAGAGAGAAGCAGCUGAGUUUGAAACAGUCAGAAGAGAAUAGGACAUCGGGGCUUUUACCUUUGCAGUCAUCAUCUUUUUAUGGUAGCAGAGCUGCAUCCAAGGACUACUCUCCCAGCAGCACUAACCUAGACAGGACUAAUAUUUCAAGCCAAACUCCCUCUGCAAAAAGAAGUUUGGGAUUUCUUCCUCAGCCAGCUCCUCUUUCUGUUAAAAAACUGAGGUGUAACCAGGAUUACACCGGCUGGAACAAACCAAGACUGCCCCUUUCCUCUCACCAACAGCAACUGCAAGGCUUCUCCAAUUUGGGAAAUACAUGUUAUAUGAAUGCUAUUUUACAAUCUCUGUUUUCACUCCAAUCAUUUGCAAAUGACUUGCUCAAGCAAGGUAUCCCAUGGAAGAAAAUCCCACUCAAUGCGCUUAUCAGACGCUUUGCACACUUGCUUGUUAAAAAAGAUAUCUGUAAUUCAGAGACCAAAAAAGAUUUACUCAAGAAGGUUAAAAAUGCCAUUUCAGCUACAGCAGAGAGAUUCUCUGGUUAUAUGCAGAAUGAUGCUCAUGAAUUUUUAAGUCAGUGCUUGGAUCAGCUGAAAGAGGAUAUGGAAAAAUUAAAUAAAACUUGGAAGACUGAACCUGUUCCUGGAGAAGAAAAUUCACCAGAUGUUACAGCUACUAGAGUAUACACUUGCCCUGUUAUUACUAAUUUGGAGUUUGAAGUUCAGCACUCCAUCAUCUGUAAAGCAUGUGGAGAGAUUAUUCCCAAAAGAGAACAGUUUAAUGACCUUUCCAUUGACCUUCCUCGAAGGAAAAAGCCACUCCCUCCUCGUUCAAUUCAAGAUUCCCUUGAUCUUUUCUUUAGGGCAGAAGAACUUGAGUAUUCCUGUGAGAAGUGUGGUGGGAAAUGUGCUCUUGUCAGACAUAAAUUUAACAGGCUACCCAGGAUCCUCAUUCUUCAUUUGAAACGAUACAGCUUCAAUGUUGCUCUCUCACUUAACAACAAGAUUGGGCAACAAGUCAUCAUUCCAAGAUACCUGACCCUGUCAUCUCAUUGCACUGAAAAUACAAAACCACCCUUCAACCUUGGUUGGAGUGCACAGAUGGCAAUUUCUAGACCAUUGAAAGCCUCUCAAAUGGUGAAUUCCUGCAUCACCAGCCCUUCUACACCUUCAAAGAAUUUCACCUUCAAAUCCAAGAGCUCCUUGGCUUUAUCCCUUGAUUCAGACAGUGAGGAUGAGUUGAAACGCUCUGUGGCCCUUAGCCAGAGACUUUGUGAAAUAUCAAGCAGUGAACAGCAGCAGGAAGACCUGGAAAAGGAUUCAAAAUCAUGCAAACUAGAACCUGAGAAGUCUGAACUAGAAAACUCAGGAUUUGACGCAAUGAGUGAAGAAGAGCUUCUAGCAGCUGUUUUAGAGAUAAGUAAAAGAGAAGCUUCACCAUCUCCGAGUCAUGAAGAUGAUGAUAAACCAACCAGCAGCCCUGAUACUGGGUUUGCUGAAGAUGAUAUUCAAGAAAUGCCUGAAAAUCCAGACCCUAUGGAAACCGAGAAGCCGAAAACAAUCACAGAGCCUGAUCCUGCCAGUUUUACAGAGAUAACUAAAGACUGUGAUGAAAAUAAAGAAAACAAAACUCCAGAAGGAUCUCAAGGAGAGGUUGAUUGGCUGCAGCAGUAUGAUAUGGAGCGUGAGAGGGAAGAACAAGAGCUGCAGCAGGCAUUGGCUCAGAGCCUUCAGGAGCAAGAGGCUUGGGAACAAAAAGAAGAUGAUGACCUCAAAAGAGCUACAGAGUUAAGUCUUCAAGAGUUUAACAACUCUUUUCUGGAUUCAUUGGGCUCUGAUGAGGACUCUGGAAAUGAGGAUGUUUUAGAUAUGGAGUACACAGAAGCCGAAGCUGAGGAACUGAAAAGAAAUGCUGAGACAGGAAAUCUUCCUCAUUCUUAUCGACUCAUCAGUGUUGUCAGUCACAUUGGUAGCACUUCUUCUUCAGGUCAUUACAUUAGUGAUGUGUAUGACAUUAAGAAGCAGGCGUGGUUUACUUAUAAUGACCUAGAGGUAUCUAAGAUCCAAGAGGCUUCCGUGCAGAGUGAUCGGGAUCGGAGUGGUUACAUCUUCUUUUAUAUGCACAAGGAGAUCUUUGAUGAGCUUCUGGAAACAGAAAAGAACUCUCAGGCACUUAGCAUGGAAGUAGGGAAGACCACUCGUCAGGCUUCAUGAGGAACAAAGUGCUGGGUUGGCAGUGCGCACUGCAUAAUCUCUCUUGCUGCCACCCACCUCUCAUUCCUCAGCCUGAGGAGAAUGUGGAACUCUACUUGAUGCGGGAGCAACAAACAGCUCAGGGCCAAACCAAAAGACGAAAAUUGCAAUUAUGCGGAACGCUCCAUAUUAAUUGUUUUAUGGAAACUUUGGUCUCACAUCUGUAGCUGAUUAUCCUUUUUUUCUCCUACAAGAGUGGCACUUCCUUUUGUCUUAGGAAUACAUGUUGUAAAUAUAUACAUAUAUGUACAUACACACACACACACACACACACACACACACACACACACACACACACGAGUAUGCAGAAUGAAUGGAGCCUUAAGGAGUUAGGACACCAGAGUAUGCCUGCUCAAAAUUCAUAGCACAGUGGUUUGAAAAGAAAUGAAGUUGUCAAAGAGUCCAUUCACCUGAGAAAUGUGUGUAGAUAUACAUAUCAUUUGGCAUUUAGCUUUUAUGCUCCUUGAGUAGUUUCACUCAAGUCUGUAAUCUUUCAUGUACGUUUCUUAUUAGUAAAGUUCACUGGAAAGCCAGCUCUCCAUGUUACACUAAUGACAGUUUGUCCUCCUUGCAAAGGCGGGGCAUUUCUGCCACUUGACUUGAGGAGCUUUUUAAAAAAAUAUUUUUUGAAUUUGUAAUGCUUUUGCUGUUUACAUGCAGUCCCAAGAAAUGGGUUGUUGGUGCUUUGGAAUGUGUUAUGGUCCCACAUUUGGUAUUCAUUGUACAUUUUGUAUUUUCUUUAAAGAGAUUUCUUUGCAUAGUAUGUUCAUUGAAUAUCAUCUAUGUUAUUACAGUAGUGAAGACAGAAUCUUUUAUUUUUCUUCGGUUCAUUCUUCCAUGGAGCAAGCAUUACCCUAGCAGAUUGCAGCCAAAACUUUGAUAGGAAAGUGAUAUUGUUCCAAUUGAGACUUCCCAACAAAGAUACUUAGGGAAUAUGAAAAAUGUGAGCAUCUCUGUCUCCUAAACAUAGAGAGGUCAGGAGGGGUAUUAAAGCUGAAACUCUGGACCACUAAAGCUGAAAGCCCUGCAGCAAGGGUGAAAUAAGUACGUGAGCUAUAGGAUGUAGCUUGAACAUUUAACCAUUUGCUGUCCGGCUUUGCCCUUAAAACAGGUUGAAAAUUAAAAUGUGAUUGGUUUAGGUAAUCCCAAGGACUAACAAAUAACAAAGGUGUGUAAUACCUUUUAUCUUUUUAGGUGCUCUAAGUUGAGGUUAAAUGGGGGUGCAACAUGAAGUGCUACUUUUUAGUCACUCAGCUGACAAAAUCAGCUUAAUUAAGCAGCUUGUAAAACCAUAUAAAGAGUGAGUUUGAGAGUAGAAUUCUGUUCAUAAAAUAAUUUUGUGAGCCCAGGAAUCAUUAGGAUCACACAGAAUUAAGAAUAGCAAAGUGAAACAUUCAGCAUUUUCUUUCUUUUUUAAGUUCAACAUCACAGAAGAUGCAACUUUCCAGAAGAUUGCCUUAAGAGAGCUCCAGCCCUAUUCUCAAAACUCAGAUGCGCUUUGACAUAGUAACCUGUUCUAAAAUUGUGAAUCUUUGAAUCUUUAAGGGCCCCAGCACUUUUGUUUAACUACUGAUAAAAGCUUUGUCUCCUACCAUUUACCUUUGUGUUACUGUAGUGAGCGCUCCAAAAUGGUGCAGUGGUAGGAUAGGCAGGAGUAGUUCAGAGGAAAAUGCUUGUUUAAAAAACUAGCUUUGGACUUCCCAGUACCUCACAACAUAAAAAACUAGCUUUGAAAUUUGUGUUUCCACUGGGGAGCCUUUUUUCUUUCUUUCUUUUUCUUGAAAAUACUGGUUUUCUCAUGUGAGUGAAUUGGUAGUCAAAUUCUUUAGCUAUUUAUUGCUUCUCUUUUCUGUGUCUCUAUUUGAGAGCUUUGAGAGGCAUUGUUUAAAUGAUUGGGAAUGAUUUGAAUUGAGUGGGUGCAUUUAAGGCAUUUAAAAAAUUGUAAAUAAAUGCCGUAAGCCUAGGUUGCUCAUGAAGUACCCUCAUUUGACUUGCUUUUCGUAGCUUGCAUGUGUGUAUGGUUUAGAAGUACACUUGGUUCAAACAUGAUUUGAUUUGAUCCUCAUGUUUUGGGCAGGACUAAUUAGUUGAAAAUAGUAAAUGAGUUAUAUCAUUGCUCAUAUACUUGCAAGUUUGGGACUUGAAAUUUCUUUGUUAUCUGUACAUUGUUGUGGCCUGGUCAGCCUUCCUCUCUCCCUUCACUCCUUCAAAUGUUACUUUAUCCCUUUCAAAGUUACUUUCUCAUCUUGUUCAGUGAAGGGCUAAUGACUACAGAUGAGGAGUUCAGCUGGACCUUACUGAUGGGGUUUGUUGUUGUGUGUUGUUUUUGUUUUGUUUUGUUUUGUUUUUGAGCUGACUGUAUAUAUUUAAAAAUUACAAGUAGAUAAUAUAUUAUUUUUUGUGCAGUUUGCUCAGAAUCGGGGAAUAGGGCAUUUGGCAUCUUGGGAUCAGGAAGGGACAAGUUAGAUGAGGACAUGGUGCUUCAGUUUUAGGCAGCCUGCACAAUAAUUAAUCUUCCUAUUGAAAAUACCAAAUAUGGUUACAUCACUUUAAAUGACUUUGAGUUGGAAAUCGACAGUACUUAGUUCUGUACACAACUCAUCUCAAUUGAAAUUUUGGGGAAGGGAAAACUAAACUAAAAUUUAAACUUGUUGAUUCUUAUCACCUAAUAUUAUUAUGGAGGAUUGGAAAGUUGCAUGUGGCCAGAUGCUGUUAUCACUUUAGAAGCCCUGACUAUAAUUUAGGCCUAUAAGAAGAUAGCUUCUGUUUUGUAGGGAAUAUAUUUAUGUGUGUGUGCACACUCAGAAGUUUUGUCUCAGUAGGAUAGAAUAAGAAGCAAAUCCAUGAAUUGUUCUUCUAUUUAUCUUUUGAUUCCAAAAGCAACUUGUUUACUUGCCAUGGUCUGUUAAUUUCAGGCCUAACUUAAUGGCUCAAUAACAAAUAUAAAUGUGUUUACAUUUUAAGAGGUAUGCAGUGAUACUUAAAGAUCGGUUCAUUAACUCUGGGAGGCAAAUACUAGACUAGGCAUUUCUUUAUUUCUCUCCUUGAACAAAUGUAAAAUUCUUCUAAAAGAGAAACUUGAAGAAUUAAAACCUCAGCAAGUGAAUUCAUGAAUUUACUUAUUCUUCCUUACUGUGAUUACCAUUAUGGAACUAUAUUAAUAUAGCUCUACAUAUGUACAGCUACAUAUAUAGUUGAUAAUGAAAAUUAUUUGGUAACACCUAAAUUAAAGACAUUUUGGCAGUGUCUCGUGUAGUUGAGCAUUGUGAGGGGAGAGAUAAUGGGGGUUUGGAUACAUACAGGGAAAAACGAUAGUUUGUGAACUCAUUUGUGAUCUGUUGAAAAGAGAUUGUAUUAAAACAAGUAAAAAUGUUACUCCUCUCUGUCCUCUGAAUUGACUUCAGUGGAUGCUCUUAGUCAUCCAACCUUUUUGCCCUGUUUAAUUGAUCCCCUGAGGUGGUCUUUUGCUUUAAAUCGGGGAAACAGGGGUGGAUCUCCAGGUACGUGUGGAUCUUGUGUAUACAUGGAGAUUUUUAGAAAAAUGACCAACAACCCAGUACUAGAUGCAAGUCACUAAAGAGUGUCCUCCUAAAACAGAUCCAUCUUUUUCCUCAUCUUGCUUUACACCAAGUAAUGCUCUUUAAGUAUGUACAGAAACUAAACAGAUUUCUGCCCCUAGCUAUUUUCUAAUGCAUUACUUUAAAAUUCUUAUUUUGUCUCUAUCAGUAUCUUAUUAACAAUGGAAAAAAUACAUAUAUAUAUUUUAUUGGAAAACUAUAGUUUGUUAGGACUUGAGAGUUUUGUGACAGGUUUCUUUUGGUGUGUCUCAUCACGACCACUGACUCCUUUAUGGCAUGCUUUGAUUACUAGACCUCAGGCUGUCUCUUUUGUUGUAUCAUACUUAUACACAGUAAACUUUCCUUUCCAUGUGUCUGAGUCUGAGGUUUUGAAGUUUAUAAUAGAAAAUGUGCCAGUAUGAAUACAAGCAGUUGAUUUCAGUAAUUUGGACUUUUCUUAAAAUGCAGAAAUUUGAAGUAGAGGCGUGUCCAUUGGUGUCAGAAUAGAGUGGGUGAGGGGUCUGCAUCAGGACCAAAGUUCAUUAGGUCCAUUGCCAAAACGGAAGAGCAAUCAACUGAAGUGGUCUGUUUCAAGAGCAGAAGGGGAGGAAGAGUGAGACACCGUGGUUGUACACACCUCUUGUCCUUAGAUUUCCCUCCCUCUCUUGUCCUUCCAUCCCCAACUUCUCUGGCCUGUUGUCAGUGUUGUUUAUUUAUGCUAUGGAAAGGAGAACAGAAGUAAGCUUCCCACACUUUGCCUAAUUGAGCCACUACCAGGUUUGCUGGCAGCUUUGGCCACAUUAUUUGUGAGGUGAUUUUCUUUGUGUUCAGAGUGACUUUUGAUUCUGAUUCUUUAUGUUGUUUUGUAUGGAGCGGCACUUUAUCUGUGUUUUAGCAGAACUGUUCCUCUGUACCCUUUACGGUUUUUCCUUGUUUUUGUUUCCUUUUUAAAUUAUGCAUUGAGUUUUUUGUGUGUGUGAAAUUAAAGCCUUUAUUAACCUUG